GCAGCAGCAGCAGCAGCAGCAGAGCCGGUUAGCAGGUGGCUAACGUGAAGCUACAGCUAACGUGAUGUCUACAGCCUCUAAGGUGGUCCUCGGGCUCUCUGUGGUUCUGACUGUAGGCACCGUGGCUGGCGUUCACCUCAAACAGACCUGGGACCGACAGCGUCUCCACGAGGGAGUGGUCCGGGAUCUGGAGCGGUGGGAGAAGAAGAAGGAGAACCUGAGGAGGUUGGAGGAGCAGAAGAUUCUGACCCGACACCUGAAGGAGGAGAGACAACGCAGAGAGGCGGAGCUCCAUCCGCAGGACCACCACUGAC